AUCACUGGACUGCCAACCUUGACCAAACUCAAGCCAAUUCCUACCUAUCCGGCUGCCACUGUUCCACCUACCAACAAUGCCCAAUUUAUGCAACACUCGAGUGCACCUGACGGAACUGUCUUCAUUGCUUUCGGCGCUAUUCUGGGCACUUUUAGCCUUAGCAUCCUCCUCUGGCGUCUCAUUGUCGGGAUUCUCCUUCACCGUUCGGUUGAGCGAGCUGCUAAGGCGCAGCACGAUGCCAACGCGAAGGCAGGCUUUCCCGCUCCUCUUGCGCCCUUCUACAAGUACACGGACAACGGCUAUACUAUGUCUCUUUCGGCUGGUCGCGGCGUACGACAUACAAACCGUGGACCUCUUCUGUCAUCGACUCCCAGCGCUUCCAACUUGUUCUUCUCACCCACGGCUGCUGCGUCCGGCAAUGCUCCUGGGAACCGUGGCUCAGCUUUCCUGCCCUCAGGUUACUAUGCAGCCGGCAACAGCUCACCUGGUGGCAUCCACGAGCUCUCUAUUAGCUUGACCAACCUUCGCCCCGACUCGCGCGGUCAAUUCGGCAAUCCCUCGCGUCAUACUCUAAACCUCUCACCUCCCGACUCACCGUCAUUCAAUGCCCGAAGAGAUAUCAGCAGCUCGACUCUGAGCCCGCACCGACAUCCAAGCCAGCGAGCCCCCAGCGCGUUCCUCGAGGACCUUCUUGCCGACGACCCUUCAAGUCUACCACACCACAGAUGCCUACUUCAAGGCAUUCUUCGUCUAACAGCGCCUGCGUCGCCCCUUCUCCAUUCCUGUUAUAAGUAA